AUGUGCAGAGUUAAGCGUUUCGAGGGCUGCAUCAGGACGGCUGCAGGUGUCGAGGCUCUGGCAGCCGUCGCAGCCUCAGCGUCGCUGACCAUCCGCCACAAAGCUCCGCUGAACCUCAGCGUCCUGCGAGGCAAAUAUAUAUACCUCAGCGUUUAUACGAUAGUGACAGCCACAGCCGUGUCAGCAGUGCCACUACCAGACACGCCUCCUCCCCUGCUGUUCGUGAUGGUAUCGACGGCGGGGAGCUGGGAGGCUGUGGCCCGGACGGUGCAGGCUUAUGCACCCAGCAGCAAGAGGUACGCGGCCAUUAGCCUGAGCAAGCGAGAACUUAGCGCGGAGGAGGAGCGACGGCUGCUGGCGCUCCUGCACCAAGAGGGGAUAAGGACCAGCGACACAGGCGCCUCGUGCAGCGACAUCGACGAUGUGGGCUGGCGCCGUCUUCGCAUUUGCGACGACCUGUGAUUUCCUGUCCGUGACGUGGACCCAGCCAACGAGAAGUGGCGCCGAUUCUGGAGUUCCUGCAUUGCUGGAACCCAUAACGCGGACUGACCGUCAUAUCCUGCUGUAUCCGUGGGUUGUUUGUGCAUGUCAGCUGUCCUGUGACGUUUAGAGCAGUUAAUCAUUAUAAUGUCGCUGAACUUUUCGCUGGAGAGUUCCAUGCUUUCCACGUCGGUAACCACGUUUGAUAAAAUGCUACUUCAGGUGCUACAUUCACUAGUUGUCUUGUUUAUUUAGGAUUGUUUUGAUAUGUCUAAAUUAGCGAAGAGUUCCACGUUUCUUCUCCAGGCUGGAAGGCCUCGUGAGCUUUAUUGCCCGCCUGCCAAGCCAUGCCAACGGCUAAGCAUGGCACGCCCGUAUUUAUAUAACGUGUCCAUGUUUGCUGCGUGCAGGCGGCCUGGUUAUUUAUUGAUUGCAUCUUCACUGCAAUGACUUAUUCUCCAAGCUGGCCUAUUAUUUAAUAUUAAUAUAUUGACUGUGCAGCAAUGCAACAGUGCAGUGAUGAACCAGCGGCGAGUGCUCGAGUGCUCGCUCUUGCUGCAAUAAAUUAUUCACUAAUGUUGUAUAUA